AUGUCGUACAACAUCCCUCCAUCAUUACAAAAGGCCAAUAUCGUAAGUGAGCCUCUCCUUCGUGAUUCCACGGUACCCACGACGAGGCUCCUCCUUUAUCCUCUGCUCCGUCCCAUCCCAUCAGCAUCCUUCUUCUACCUCCCAUCGCAUGGAUCACGGCAACAGAGUCGGCGAAGUGAAUCCGUGCCACGCUCGACCAUGGACCUAGUGCGCAACGUCCUACCUCAGAGACUAUCACGAUAUGUCACUCUCGGCUCCGAGCUUCUGGUCCUACUCCAGGAGAGAUAUGGAGACCAUAUUGACUUUUGCAUUGCACACGAGAACGAUCGCUGGUACUUUGACUGCCCAGAGCAACUUCAAGAGGUUGCAAACAGGGAGAUUGUCACUCAGAUUGCUGACCGGCGCGAUGCUGCUCGGGAGGCUGCAAGGAGGGAACGGAGGCGGAGAGAGCGGCGGAAAGGAGGCGGCACCUCCAGCCGAAGAUAA